CCGCUCCUGCCUCGGCCGCCGCCGCGGCGACUGCCCCCGCCUAGACUGGCCGGAUCGCAGAGGCUGCAGCGCGCAUUUCGGCUCGAAGGAAGUUGACCGAGGCGGCUACCGCAGUAUCCCCGGGUCCGGAUCGCGCAAAGCCCGGCGGAGCCGCCCCCAGCGUGCCCCACUUUCCAUCUCGGCUAUUGUUACGGAUUGUUUUUCUCCUGGCGAUUCUUCCUCCGAAACUUACAAAGAAAGUGUUGGAUUUCCCCUUGUUCGAACUGAGGAAUUGCAGACCACCUCUGGGGAGCCGGAUCUGACCUACCCCCAGUCCCCCUCUGGUACCAAAGUGCUUACUCCACUCCAAAGUGCCAUGUCAGAACUGCUACCGGGAAGAAGGGGCUCCUGAGACGUGCCCACACCUUUGCACCUGCCUUGCGCUUCCCCUUUCUUGGCCAUCUUCCCCGAUCGAAGCAGCACCGAGGAAGCCCUCUUGGAUGUCCUCCGUGGAAACUGGCUAUCCGAGGCCGGAUUUGGGGGAGGAAUAUUAGACUUGGAGGAGUCUGCGCGCUUUUCUCUUCUCGCGCCUCCCGGUCGCAGCUAGUUCACUGCUCGGUCCCUGAGCUCGCUCCUUCACCCCACCCACUUCCUGUGCUCGCCCGGGGGGGGUGUGUGCCUUGCCACUGCCGGAGUUCUGGGAAGUUGUGGCUGUCGAGGAUGGGGGUCUGUGGGUACCUGUUCCUGCCCUGGAAGUGCCUCGUGGUCGUGUCUCUCAGGCUGCUGUUCCUUGUACCCACAGGAGUGCCCGUGCGCAGCGGAGAUGCCACCUUCCCCAAAGCUAUGGACAACGUGACGGUCCGGCAGGGGGAGAGCGCCACCCUCAGGUGCACAAUUGACAACCGGGUCACCCGGGUGGCCUGGCUAAACCGCAGCACCAUCCUCUACGCUGGGAAUGACAAGUGGUGUCUGGACCCACGCGUGGUCCUCCUGAGCAACACCCAAACCCAGUACAGCAUCGAAAUCCAGAAUGUGGAUGUGUAUGACGAGGGCCCAUACACGUGCUCUGUGCAGACGGACAACCACCCAAAGACCUCGAGGGUCCACCUCAUUGUGCAAGUAUCUCCUAAAAUUGUAGAGAUUUCCUCAGAUAUCUCCAUUAACGAAGGUAAUAAUAUCAGCCUCACCUGCAUAGCAACGGGUAGACCAGAGCCUACGGUUACCUGGAGACACAUCUCCCCAAAAGCUGUGGGCUUUGUGAGUGAAGACGAAUACCUGGAAAUCCAGGGCAUCACGCGGGAGCAGUCAGGGGACUAUGAGUGCAGUGCCUCCAACGAUGUGGCUGCACCAGUGGUCCGGAGAGUCAAGGUCACCGUGAACUACCCACCGUACAUUUCAGAAGCUAAGGGGACAGGUGUCCCCGUAGGACAGAAGGGGACACUGCAGUGUGAGGCAUCAGCGGUUCCUUCAGCAGAAUUCCAGUGGUACAAGGAUGACAAAAGACUGGUUGAAGGAAAGAAGGGGGUCAAAGUGGAAAACAGACCUUUUCUCUCAAAACUCAUCUUCUUCAAUGUGUCUGAACAUGACUAUGGGAACUACACCUGUGUGGCCUCCAAUAAGUUGGGCCAUACUAAUGCCAGCAUCACACUAUUUGAACUAAAUGAGCCUACAAGCUCAACUUUGUUGCAAGAAGUGAAAACUACAGCUCUGACCCCUUGGAAAGGCCCGGGCGCAGUCAGCGAAGUGAACAAUGGGACAUCAAGGAGGGCAGGCUGCAUCUGGCUGCUACCUCUUCUGGUAUUGCACCUACUCCUCAAGUUUUGAUGUGAGUGCCACUUCCCCUGCUGGGGAGAAGCUGCCGCCACCACCACCACCGAUCCAAUAGCAACAGCAACUCCGACAGCAACAAGAGCAUUCCCGUUUCUUAUGAGAUCUAAUCAAGUGAAAUUCCGAGAAACAGAGCCUAAUGGGACACACAUUCGAGGGAGGGGAACAAAGAAUACUUUGGGAAAACACGUUUCAAAGGGAAAUUGAAAAUCGCCUUGCAGGUCUUGCAGAUCAGUAGGCACAGCUGAGUUUUCUUCCUUUGCCCAAAUGGAAAGAAUGCACACCCGGCUCUGGACCCACCCACAGCUGCAACAUGACCUGUUUGUUACCAGGGUGGUCAGAGCUUAGCCACUCUGCCCACUGACGUACCCCCAGCAAGGAAAAUUCUGGAGUCGGCCAUCCCCAAUUCCAUAGAGACGAACACAGAGCGAGUCGUGUGGGCCCAGAAGUGCCACUGUGGCCCCAUUAAUAGACUGUGCCACUGUUGUGUGUGUUACAAAAUGCAAAAUUAAAGAAAAAUAAUAAAAAGGAAACUAAACAAGACAGCCUGACAGCUACAACAACCCCACAAUCAACAGUCACAAAAAAAAAAUAUUGUUAAACUUUUUGUUUGUUUGUUUGUUUUCAUUUUACUACAUGGACAUAAUGGAUAAUAAGGGAUUCUGGUUCAUUAUUAAUUUUAUUAAUUAUAUUUUCUGAUAUGAGUCUAGAAUUUAGUGCAAAAACAAGACAAGACUAAAAAAAAUACACAAAUGAAAGGUGAAGAGAAGUAUGUUUGUUAAACAUUAAAAAUAGUGUACUUCUUAACUAGGUUUACAACUGGUGGACCACACACCAGGUAUUAACCACCUGGUGAGGAUAUGUCAAAUCCACCAAAAAAAAAAAAAGCAACCACAUAUGAUUUAACCAACAUUUCCACCAGCGCUACAGAUUUCUCCUUAUUCUGGCAUUUAAUGCAGACAAUACUAUGCUUCUACAUGCUGUUUAGAAAUGGAAGGGUGAUUCGCACUGUAUCUUGAGUUUGUUGGCUAUGCUUCUUUUGAUGACAUAUAUUAUACAGUAUAUAUAUACAUAUAUUUUUUUUGUUAGAGUUCUAGCCAUUUUAUUUCUCAGCAGGGUCCUUUCUCAGACAUUACUGCAUGCUGUAUAUGGCGUUAGCUGUGUGUUGAUCUUCUAAAAGAUGAUAGAGUUUACUGGUAAUUGUGUGAUCAGCUCCUGCCUUUUUAUUUUCUUGGGUUAUUUACACAUCAGAGACAUUUAUAAAAAGUGAAAAGAGAAAAUGAAAACAAAAACAAAACAAAUCACUAAUACCAGGCGCAGCAUCUUUUCCAAGUGUGGCUCUUGGAGGUUCAGGCCAUGACGGGAGGCCUGGCUUCUCCGUCCUGCCUCGGGGUGUGAACCAACAGCAAGCAACUGAACCAACCACACAGUCAGUAACCACUUGCUUUAGCCCAUUGUGGGAAAUCUCUGAUGCCUUUGUUACUACUGGAGAAUUGAACCCUCUUGGUUCAUUUUAUUUAAUUUACCACUUUUGUGUGCGUGUGUAUGAACGAGAAGAAAAUGCAGUUUUUAGAUAACCUUUUUUUCCUCUGAAGUCUGGGAACCGGAGAGGCCUCGGGGAGGGGUCCUGGAUGUGAUGAGGGAAAGUGGGAUUGAGGGCUAGGGGAGGGGGGUUGUCUCUGACUUGACAUUAAAAAGUGUUCCAUGUCCCUCUUCA